AUGGAAUGCCCCUGUAGUUGUGGAGUUAAAAAUAAUUUUACUCAAAAGUUUACCCCGAAAGAAACUCCGACAUCCGUCCCAGCCGCUCGCUCCAUCCUCAGCCGGCCAGACCUCACCAUCAGCCAGUGCCCACUUCUGCAGCUGCUGGCUCUGGAUUUAGAAUUUGAGGGAUUUAGGGUUUAUGACAUUACAGACUUGUGUGGUGGAAAUACAUGGGAAGAAAAUUUGCUUCUGUGGGUUGUGCUUAUAUUCAAUAGCAAGGAACGGGAAGCGGAUAUGAUUUUCCAAGUUUUUGUAGUUGAAUGA